AUGGCUGAAGACAAUGCCCCAUAUGUUCAGCAAAUCCCAGAAAUCAUUGUUCUUGGCCCACCUGUUGUAUUUAAACGGUAUGAAAAAGAAUUCUCUUUGAAAUUUAGAAUCUUAAGACCAUGGGAGUCGACACUCUCCCUGUCUGAAUUCCUCUUGGCCCAUGCCCAGAACACAAAGGCUGCUUUGUGCUCUGGUACGUUCUCGCUGUCUGCUGCUAUCCUCGACUGCCUCCCCUCCCUCCGCUUCGUAGUCACCACCAGCGCCGGUCUAAACCAUAUUGAUCUCCCUGAGUGUCGUCGCCGCCACAUUUCUGUUGCGAAUGCCUCCACCAUCUUCUCUGCAGACGUUGCAGAUCUCGCCGUCGGGCUGCUACUCGAUGUAAUGCGGAAAAUUUCCGCUGGAAAUCGUUUUGUGAAAAAUGGGCUCUGGCCCAAAUCAGGAGAUUACUUGCUUGGAUUUAAGUUGGGAGGCAAGAAAGUUGGGAUUGUAGGAUUGGGCAGCAUUGGCAUAGAAAUCGCAAGGAGACUUGAGGCAUUUGGCUGUAUAAUUUCAUACCACUCAAGGGAGAAAAAGUCAUUUGUUCCUUACCCAUUUUACACAGACAUCCGUGAACUUGCAGCCGUAUCUGAUGUCCUUGUACUCUGCUGUGCUUUAACCAAGCAAACUCAUCAUCUCAUCAAUAGGGAGGUUCUGCUGGCGCUCGGAAAGGAAGGAUUAAUUGUGAAUAUCGCACGUGGGGCUAUAAUAGAUGAGAAGGAGCUGGUGCAGUGUUUGCAGCAAGGACUGAUAGCUGGUGCUGGGUUGGAUGUGUUUGAAAUUGAACCACAUGUUCCUCAAGCGCUUUUUACACUAGAGAAUGUUGUAUUGUCACCUCACUCGGCUGUCUUCACCGAGGAAUCUUUUGGCGAUUUAUAUGAACUCAUGUCUGAUAAUUUGGAGGCUUUCUUCUCAAAUAAGCCAUUGCUUUCUCCAGUUUUACAUGAUCAGUCAUAA